UAGCAAAUCCAGAAGCGUACGAACACACCUUCGGCUUUGCCUACGAACGGUAGACCCAACGCGGCGGACAACCAAGCGCCAAAACCCGAGCACAGAUACGAUGAGCCUGGUGCGCAACCUCCAUCACCUACCCGUCAUGCGGCAACACUACCUGCCAGACUUUCGAGAGACCUUCCGGACAAUUCGCAUAAGGAUUUGAGAAAAGGUGUCAAAGCCGUUUCAUUCCUCAGCAAGCUUAUGGGUGGUGCCAAGAAGCGUGAGGCAGAAGAAGAUGCGGCGGAGACGGAGUCGUUGUCAGGCGAAGACAGGCCGGAAGGAAACGCGGCGACUGUGUUCGCCGAGUCUGUGAACAACUUUGGCUUCAGCCCGCGUCAUGCGCAACCCCCAAUGUAUAUCAAAGUACGGGCGAAGAACAAGAGCAAGCGGGAGUUCGACCACCUCUUUCUGGCACAGGAGCUCCGUUCCAGCAAAAGGCGGAAGCUGAAUCGGCAGAAUAGCGGCAACAAGCUAAGGCGAAAGAAUGCGGCACCGCAAGAGGCGGACACCGUCUGGGCCAUGCAGUUCAGCAAAGACGGUAAGUAUCUUGCUGCAGCGGGCAAUGACGGAGUCGUGCGCGUGUGGGCUGUGUUAGCCAGUCCAGAAGACAGGGAGCAACAUGAGCAGCAGGAGCAGGAUGAGUCGGGCGAAAGCGAGCCGAACGGCAGUGAAUCACCUGCGUCGCACCUGAGCGCUCCAGUCUUUCAGAGCCAUCCUAUCCGUGAAUAUGAAGGUCACACCGCUACUGUGCUCGAUCUCGGCUGGAGUAAGAAUGGUUUCCUUCUGACGUCGUCAAUGGACAAGACGGUCCGGCUCUGGCAUCUUAGCAGACCAGAGUGUUUGUGCACGUUCAAGCACAACGACUUCGUGCCAUCAAUAGCAUUCCACCCAAAGGACGACCGCUUCUUCCUGGCUGGUUCGUUGGACUCUAAGCUUCGCUUGUGGAGCAUCCCAGACAAGAACGUGGCGUACAUGGCGCAGUUUCCGGACAUGAUUACCGCGGUCGCCUUCUCGCCAGACGGGAAGUAUGCAAUUGCAGGAGGACUCAGCGGGCUGUGUAUGGUCUUUGAAACGGAUGGCUUGAAGUAUCAGUCUCAAUGGCACGUCCGCUCAACACGCGGUCAGAACGCCAAGGGUAGCAAGAUCACAAACAUUCAGGCGGCCUACUCCGCAAACGGUGAUGUCAAGCUUCUAAUCACCAGUAACGACUCUCGAGUGCGGAGAUACAAUCUCAGAGACAAGGCGCUCGAGUUGAAGCUGAAGGGCCAUGAGAACAAUUCGAGCCAAAUCCGGGCGCACCUUUCCGAUUGCGGGAGGUACGUGGUAUGUGGCAGCGAAGACAAGAAAGCUUACAUCUGGUCAAUGGAGCCAGUCGAUGCCGAGAAGAGCGAGAAGCGGCCCGUUGAAAUGUUCAAGGCUCACGACAGCAUUACGACAGCGGUCUGCAUCGCGCCAGGCAAGACACGCCAUCACUUGAGCAGAAGCUACGAUCCGGUAUACAGCCUAUGCAAUCCGGAGCCGGUCAUGCUGAUGAGUCGCGCGGAGCGUACCGCUAGCCAUGGCUCGACUCCUACAGACAGCGGAAGUGUGCUACACACUCCCGCCACAACAGACGGGCGGUUCGAGCGGCCGCAGCCGUCACCAGCAUAUCUUGCCCGCUCAUCGCACAAGGAGGGCAACAUCAUUGUCACGGCGGACUACGUGGGCCAGAUCAAAGUGUUUCGACAAGACUGUGCGUGGUCGAAACGGAGGGCGGACGACGACCGUUCCUCGCUCUUCGCCAAGCGUACCGGGCGCUCCAGUAGGACUGGAUCUCUCGCUACGAAGCGCAAUGGAGGCAAGGAAUUGCUAGCACGACAGCACUUGCGCAUGAAGGCCGGCGGGCGUCCUCUAAGCAUACAAGUCGUAGCUCUUCACCGCGUCCCCUCGAGCUACGGCCUAAAACCACAGCCCAGUUUGACAGCUCACCUACUGCAGCGGAGGAUCUCACCAACAACCGCGCCACGAACACCGACUCUUCAACAUCAGGAAGUGGUACCAAGACGGCCGCCUCGCCUGUUGACCGGUUAGCCGUGCUCAAUA